UGGGAUUUCGCAAUCGGCGCCAAAAAAUCCGAGUUUUUAAUUUUCCGAUGUGUGUGUCUAUUUAUUAUUAAAUUAGUACUUUCGAUAUGUAUUUGAGUUCCGUUUUCGGCCUUAUAAUUAGGUAGACAUCUUGGCCUACAUUUUAAUCAAUUUCUUUUUCAUUUACAAUCAGUCAGCUUUGAGAAAAUCCUUGGUAAAUAUAAGGCAACUUUCAUCAUUAAAAUUAAGUCGAAGGAAAAAAUUUGUCACUACCAAAUUUUUUUUGCAUCUGGGGAAUCUAUUGAUCUACAUGUAUGCCAAUUUUCACAGCGAUAAGUGUCUUACGAGAGACGCCAUGUUUCGGCGCGUUCGCAGCAGGUCAUGCAGCUCGCUCAACCUAAUUUCGUCAUGGGGUGGGCCACGCCCCCUUUGUAAUGGCGGAAGUUGCCGAUACUUAGGAAAUAUUAAUUUAUUACCACUAUCUACAUCAAAAUAAUUGAUAACUUGUGUUUCAGAAUGCAUUUUGAAGACAUUUAAACUGGAAUGUUUUAAUUUGAGCUUUAACAACCCGGUAGAAUCCAUAUUAUAAAUGAUCAGAAUUUACCGUGUGCAACACGUUGUCAUUGGCAACCAUUCACAGCCACUUGCAUAACGGCUGUAUCGUAGUACUACCUCAGAGUUUCAUUCAUAAGAGUUUGCCGUGUGCAAAAACUACUAUACCAUUGGUCAGGGAAAGCUUUAAUUAAUUAUUCAUGUGCCAAAGUUGAAAGUUUAAACUAAGUCGACCCUAAACAGUAUUUUAGUGAUAAGGCGAUGCGUUGCCUUAUAUAAAGUAUAUAGUCAUUGCGCAUGACGCGAUCAGCGGAAUGAGGUCACAAGAUGUGGAGGUUUCGUCCAUAGUAAAAAAUACCAAACGAACUCACACUUUAAAAAUUCAUAGCUCAAAAAGUACUUAAGCUAAAAAGUUGAUUCUGGUUUCAUUUUUUUAUUUGAAAUUAGCUCUAACUAACUGUGCUAUUAAAAAAAUUAUUUGAAUUUUUUAAAAUUUUGUAUCCAAGUGCCUACUUAUAGUAUAUGAAAAAACUAAUACAGUACGUGUAGGCCUAUAAGCCUGCAUACCAUAAAAUCAAAAUACAGUAAAUCAAUCCUAAUCAUCCGCUAUAUUCAUAAUACAAACAGAAGUUCGAGAAAUAAUAAAUUUAAUAUUAUUAAAUUUGUUAAAUUGUAUUAUUGUAGUCUUGUAGUCCUUCACUUCGACGAGUGGCUCACUAGGCACUAGGCCAAUAAUAAAUAAUUAAGCAAGCAAUAUUUAUCAUUAAUUAUUAUUUCAAAAUAUUUUAAUUUUAGUAUUUUUAGCCAGCCAGCCUUACUAUAAUUUAUUUUAAAUAAUACCAAUAUUAAUAAUUAAAUAUUCUAAAUUUGGCCUAGCCUAUACUAUUAUAUGCUAUUAUACUAUGACUAUAUUACUAUAUUAAUAUUAUAGCCUAGAUUCUAAUAAUACUAUAGGCCUAAUUAUAUAAAACUUUCCUAAAGAAUGUCAACUAUUGACUCAACUUCAAGUAUUAAAAUAGCUGUGAUAGGGGGAGGUAUAGCAGGUCUCACUUGUGCAACACGCCUCAAACAACUUGGCCUACAAACAGUAACAGUGUUUGAUACAGGUAAGCAGACAGAGUAAGUACUCAAAAAAACUUGACAAGUAAAAAUUAGUAACAGAAAAAUCUAGAAAUAAUUUUUUAAAAGAUGCUUUUCAGCAGUAUUUUGUUAAAGGAAAUUAAAAAAAAAAUUGAUGCAAGAAACUUUGUCCUACAAUGUCACAAUAUUAAAAUGACUUUCUCACAAAAACAAGGAUUGAUAAAGAGUUCAAAGUAAAUUAUUUAUUAAAAAAAUUUACAAUUUCAUGUCUCUGAAUCAAAUUCAUCAAUCUAAAAUAAUUUUCUUAACUAUUUUACUAAGUCUGAACUAAUAAAUUGCUGGUUGUGUUAUUAAAAAUUUAUUAAAAAACUUUGUGAGCCUAGAGUAUAAAUAUAAGCUUGCUGCUUACAAGAGCACAUUUCUCAUUGACAAACAGAAGUUCAAUACUAGAAAAUAUUGUUUGAAUACUAUAUUAUACUGUAAACAAGUGUAAGGUGAGUUAUUUGGUCUCAGAUGUGUUUUGAAUUAUCAGUUGCCUUAAAAUCUUUUUGUUUUGUUUAAAGUGGGACAAUUUAAAACAAUUAAUUUAUUUCAACAGGGAAACAUACAGUUGGAGGACGUUGCUCCAGCCGUACUGAGUUAGUCAAAGGUGUAUCAAUGACUUUUGAUCACUCUGUGCAAUAUUUCACCGUCAGUGAUGAGAGAUUCCAGAAAAUUGUAAAUUACUUAGUCAGAGAUGGGGCUGCUAGAGUAUGGAAUGGUCCUAUUGGAAUAUUGCAGAAUGGAAAAUUUAGUGCAGAGAGAAGCCCCAAAAAAGCAUUCAUAGGUAGUUAAGUCACUAGAUACGUUUAAGUAUAUUUGUAAUGAUAUUCAACAGUCAAUUUAUUUUAUGCUAAGUACAUUAAAAAAAUAUCAUUGUAGAAUUCUUUGUGUAUUUAUGUAUUUCUGCUUCUUCAGAUCAAGUUUUUGAUGGAUAUUAUACCAUAAUUUUAUUUUAAAAUCUUUGCAUCAUUACCAAAAUUUCAGGUACAAAUGGAAUGAGAUCAGUUGCUCAGAGUAUAGCCAAAUUUUGUCAGGUACAGCAGCCAGUUUGGAUUGGAUCAAUACAGUUCAAUGACAUAGUUCAAAAGUGGUCUGUUGACAGAUGGGGACUAUUUGACUAUGUGGUUAUAGCACAUAACGGCAAAUGUGCUGCCAGACUGGUGGAAAAUGCAGGUGUGCCUGAAAUUCACAGACUUUGUUUAACAAGAUUCUCAUCUCAGUUAUCAUCAAAAGAAAACCGUAUGACUUUGUGUUCGCUGUUUGUUCUCAUGGUUGCAUUUGAAAGACCACUGGGCCUACCUUACCAAGGGGCACAUGUUCAACAUGAGAACCUCUCAUGGGUGGCUAACAACACAGAGAAACUCAAGUCUGAUAGGCCACAGAGUCAAUCCCGAGCGGAUCAGUAUGAAUGUUGGACAAUCAUCAGCUCGAAGACUCUAGGAGAACAAAACAAAGUUCCACAAGAACACAUUCCACCAAAUGUCGCUAGUCGUAUCAGUCACUUGAUGUUACAAUCAUUUGCAGAUGCCACAGGAAUGAAAGAAAAAUUACCCGAUGUUUGUUUUCGCAAGCUGCAGCUAUGGGGGGCUGGAGUUCCUAUAAAUAAAUUUUCUGGUGGAACCGAGUGUGUUUUUGAUGCUGCUCAUAAAAUAGGAAUCUGCAGCGACUGGUUAGUGAGCCCGUGUGUCCAGGGGGCUGCCAUCAGUGGCCUGGCUUUAGCAGAAACGAUUGUUCAGCAUAUCAAUGGUAAUUUCAGCUAUUUUUUAUUUCUUCAGGAUUUUGUCUAAAAAAAUGUAUUUUAAAUGAUCCAAAAUGAGAAUUAAACGAAAAUACAAAAAAGAAGUCUCAAAGAAAAUUUCCCAAAAUGUACACAUGUCAGAGUAAAAUUAACUAACAUAAAUAUUCUGGUAGGGGCUUCUUGAGCUUAUGCUCUUAAAGCCCCAGCUAGUACAGUGGCAACCUGCUCCAUCUGUGUGCAGUGCCAUAUAACAUUGUCUGAACAUAGGACUCUCCCGUCGCCCUGGCCUCCCCCACAUCCAGUGUGGGGGCACAAAGUCAACAGAUAAGCUACUGUUUCAGAGGCCAGCAUGCAUUGCAGACAGGUGGGAUCCUUGUUGUUGUCUAAGACUGUUAAAGUAAAAGUAACUAUAUGAUUUAUUUUCUUUCAGGUAAUAAAUCAAGUACUCCACUGCAACCUCACUUCAACCCAGCAACAUCACCAAGUGCCAUAGGGGAUUUCCCAUAAUCUCAGCUUCUUUUAAUAUCAUAAGUUUGUUUUUGUUGUUUUUUUUAAAGCUGGUGAGGUGUACCGAAAUCAGGGAAGUUUUUCAAGGGUCAUAAAAAUACAAAUUCUUUUACAAGCCAUAGUGAAAUGUGUAACCUUUUUCAUUGAGCAAAUAUUUAAAUCAGUGAUGUCUUUUAUAUAAUAGUCAAAUUGUCAUCACACUUGAUGCCACCUCUACAGGUUUGAGUUCAUAAGUUUAAUAAUAAAGUGUGAAUUUUGAGGCUGUCUACAUUAUUAGUACUGUUAGAACUAGAGUGGUGAGGUGACAAUUAGCACAGUUCCAGUCUUUAGUUGUUUCAAAACAACAUAGGCAGAAAUCUUCUUAAUGAAAUAAUUAAGAUUAUGUUAAGAAGCAUACAUUUAAAAAAAAUUCUUUUCAUACACCCACACACAGGCUAUUUUUGUCACGUGUAAACAAUUGUCAGCAAAUUUACUGGCCUCAACAGUAAAAAAAACAAACAAUAGGUGUUGUCUACCUGCAUUUAUCGAGCUGUUUUUUAAAAAAUAAUCCAGCCUCUGCUGUGAUUAGCACAACAUAACCUUUACAAAAAAGUGCACAACAUUAAUUUGUGUAAACAAAAUAAGCAUAAAAAAGAGAAUUUCUCAUGUAUAGUUUAUUUUGGUCAUUGCAAAAAAAAAAAAAAAAAAACAUUAAACUGUGUGAAUAAUUAACAUGUUGAAGUGAAAAAUUUACAAAGGUCAAAGUGAACAUAUUUAUUUGAGUAAUUUUGGUUAUCGCAUCAUUUACUCUCAUCUGCUAAUUACCGGUACAAUAAAUACUGUGCUAGACUGACAUGUUGAUUAUUAAAUGAAACAGAUUGUACGUACUAAUUAUUUAUUAAAUCUAAAUUGUCUUAUUUUUUCCUUCAUCAUUGUGCUUUAGAUUAUAGUUGUUAAAAUUGCUAACUUAUAAACCAACAA